AGCAGUAGGGAGAGUCCGGGCGACGUGCGCUGCCGUUCCCCCCUCCGCCUCCCCCCCGCCCCGUUUCCCUUCCCUGCCCUUCCUUUCAUCCAAGGCCUGACCCGGAUCUUUUCCUUGGCAAGGGGCGCUGCGAGUCUCCCCCGAAGCAGUCCCCAGAGCUCCGGGGGGCUUCCUCGCUGCUGAUCCGCGCGCCGAGGCAGUGCAGCCUUCAUGCCUGCGGGGGUUUGCCGCGGGAAGGGAAGGAAGGCGUCCUGGGGUCUUCGCUCCCGCCUGCCCGCCGCUGGGCUGGACGGAGGGGCGCCGCGAGCCAAGCCCCGGGCUGCGCGCGAUUUGCGAGGAGACGGGCUUUCCGAGGCUUUGACGCUGGCGCCCUGGAAGCUCCGUGGAAGCGGGAGAAGAGGAGUUGCACCGGCACCAGCGGAUCUUCCGAGCGGGCAGCGAUCCAGGGGCCGAACGGGACUUCAGGCAACUUCUGAAGAUGUGGCCUUGCGUGCUUUGUGAAGGAGGAACCACAGUCUUCUGAGCCCAAAUCCAUGAAACUGAUUCCGGGUGGAUAUACAAGAGAAUCCCAGGAACAUGGCUUCAUUCGAAUUCCCCAACGUGACAAUAAAGUUAGAAGACAAAGAAGAGGUCUCAUGGCUUCCAAAUAACCAGGUGGCAGAAGGAAGUCGGAGCUUCUCAGUUGACCAUUCAGGAUUUCCUGUUCCCAAAUCUGAAGUGAUUCAUGGGGGAGAUCCAUGGAUUCCAGAGCCUGUUUCACAAGAAAAGGAAAUCCCAGUAGAUUAUGGUUCAGAGCUUCCGGAUGUAAUAAUAAAGCUGGAACAGGAAGAGAUCCCGUAUCUUCCCUGUCACCAGGUUUCAGAAACAAGUGUGACAUUCAAAGCAGUCCAAUCAGGAGAUGGCCAUGACAGAAUGUUGGAGAGAGAAAUACCAUUUUACUCCAGCUAUGUGAGAAGUUUCACUGACAAACCAAACCGUAUCAAACAAGAGAACCAAAGCACAGUGGAGAAGCCACACAAAUGCUCUCGCUGUACCAAAAGCUUCAUGAAAAGGUCCAACCUUCGUACCCAUGAGAGAAUCCACACGGGAGAGAAGCCAUUCCGGUGCUCCGAAUGUGGCAACAGCUUCAGUGAUGGGUCUAGUCUCAUCAGGCAUAAGCGGAAGCACACCGGGGAGAAGCCGUACAGUUGCUCCGCGUGUGGGAAGCGGUUCAACCAGAGCUCCAGCCUCAUCAGGCAUGAGAGAAGUCACACGGAGCAGAGACCCUACAAAUGCUUGGAAUGCGGGAAAAGGUUCAACCAGAGUUCCACCCUCGUGCGGCAUGAAAGGAUCCAUAGAGAACAGAGACUCUACAAAUGCUCGGGCUGCGAGAAGAGAUUUAUUCAGAGCUCAAGUCUUCUUGCGCAUGAGAGGAUCCACCGGGGAGAGAAACCUUAUAGCUGCACAGCCUGUGGAAAAGGCUUUGUCCAGAAAUCUAACCUUCUGAUUCACGAGAUGAAGCAUACCGGUUUGAAGCCGUUCAAGUGUCCAGACUGUGGCAAAGGGUUUAAUCAGAAUUCAAGCCUCGUCAUACACCGGAGAAUCCACACAGGGGAAAAACCAUACAGUUGCUCACACUGCCGGAGACCUUUCAGCGACAAGUCGAGCCUCAAUAAACACGAGCGAGCCCACCGAGGGGACAAGCCGUACAAGUGUUCCAGCUGUGGGAAAAGUUUUGUGCGGCGGUCUCACCUCUUGACUCACGAAAGGAUCCAUACAGGAGUGAAGCCAUUUAAGUGCUCGGACUGUGGGAAAAGCUUCAGUAGCCGGUCGCAUUUGAUAAGACAUGAGGGGACACACACGGGGGAGAAACCCUACGAUUGUUCGUUCUGCGGGAAGAGCUUCAACCGGAAGUCCAACCUGACGAACCACGAGAGGACCCACACGGGGGAGAAACCUUACAAGUGUUCCGAUUGCGGGAAAAGCUUCAGCGACCGAUCCAGUCUCAUUAAACACGAGCGGAUCCACACCGGGGAGAAGCCGUACAGUUGCACAGCCUGUGAGAAAAGCUUCAGUGACAAAUCGAGCCUUAUCAGGCAUGAGCGGAUCCACACGGAAGAGAAGCCGUACAAAUGCUCCGAUUGUGGGAAGGGGUUCAACCAGAGUUCAAGUCUCAUUGUGCAUGAGAGAACCCACACAGGAGAGAAGCCAUUUAAAUGUGCGGAUUGUGGGAAAGGCUUCAUUCGGAGGACGAUUCUUAAUAAACAUGAGAGGACCCACGCUGGAGAGAAACAAUCUAAGAUCCCAAGGACCUGCAAUGAAUGCGGGAAGACUUUCGCUCAGGCCUCCAACCUCUUGGCACAUAAACGCAUCCACACGGGCGAGAAGCCCUACAAAUGUGCUCACUGUGGGAAAAGCUUCACCGAAAGGUCAAAUCGUAACCGGCAUCAGAGGACCCACUCAGGCGAGAAGCCCUAUAAGUGCCUCGACUGUGGGAAGAGCUUUAGCUUCAGGUCGGACCUCAUCCGACAUGGCAUUACCCACACGGGAGAGAGGCCGUACAAAUGCUCCGAUUGUGGGAAGAGCUUCAGCCAUGCCUCGACCCUCAUUCGGCACGAGAACAUCCACACGGGGGAGAAACCCUACUCCUGUGCCGAUUGCGGGAAAUGCUUUACCCAAAGCUCAUCUCUUCUGGCGCAUAAACGGCUGCACACAGGAGAGACGCCGUUCAUAUGCCCCGUUUGCGGAGAAAGCUUCAACUGGAAGUCCCAUCUGGUGACGCACAAGCGAACCCAUACUGGGGAAAGGCCGUACAAAUGCGCCAAGUGUGAGAAAAGCUUCAUUGAGAAGUCCAAACUGAACAGGCAUCAGAGGACCCACACGGAGAAGGAACUAUAUGAAUGCGGGGAGUGCGGAAGGAUCUUUAGCAUCCGAUCCAACCUGGUCAGGCACGAGACCGCUCACCGAGGUGCAAAAUCCUACACCUGUUUGAGCUGCGGGAAAAGUUUCAACCAGUCGUCGAAGUUGAUGCGGCACGAAAGGAUCCACACGGGAGAGAAGCCGUAUUCCUGUUCAGACUGCGGGAAAAGUUUUAGCCAGACCUCGGAACUCCUCCGGCACGAAAGGAUCCACACGGGAGAGAAGCCGUAUAAGUGCUCCGUCUGUGGGAAGUGCUUCAAUCGCAGGUCACACCUCAGUACCCACGAGGCGACCCACUUAGGGGACCAGCCGUGCGGAGGGCCAGAAAGCCGGACAGCCUAUGAUAGCAGCUCGCUCUUUAUCGCUGGGGUGAGUCCCCACCAGCAGACCCAUACAGAGGAUCAGCCUUACCCAGGCUCAGAAAGUGAAAAAGACUACAGUCAUAGCUCUAUCUUCAUUGCAGGUGUGAACCCCAACAGGCCCACACACAUAGGGGGCAGGCUGUUUGAAUGGCCCAACAAUGAGACCAGCUACAGCCAUUGUUCGCUCCUCAUCACCGGAGUGAAUCCACAGGAAGCCAUCCAGGCAGACAGGCCACUGUUUCCAUGUCUGGACCGGGAGACCAGCUUCAGUCGUAGCCCAUUGUUUAAAAGCAGUGUGAACCCCCGUCCGGUGGUCCUUUCGGGAGGCCGACCAUUUGCCUGCCUGGACGACGAGAAAAAUUACAGGGACCCCUUGCUUCUCCAGAAGGAGGAGAAACUCUUUAAAUGUCCCGAAUGCGGAAAGAGCUUCAACUGGCAGUCUCAUUUUGUCCGGCACAAAAGAAUUCACACAGGAGAAAAGCCGUACUGUUGCACAGACUGUGGGAAAAGUUUCAACCGCAGGUCACACCUCGUUCGACACGGGAGGAUCCAUGCCGGACUGACCUUCUACUCCCAGACCGACGAAGAGUCCUCAGUUCAGGACCUCGUUUUCUUAAAUCCAAGUGAAUCCAUGCAGGAGAGGACUUUGAUUAACACACAGACUGUGGGAGCUUCCUUUAUGGCUCGCACACCUGGAAGCCUCACAAUCCAGCCUGCCGAAGCCACUCAGGAAUAAAUCUUGUGAAUGUUCAGUACAGGAUGAAGUAUUAAAGAAACCAUCUGAGGGAGAAGCUAUGUAUUGGGCAACCAAGUAGCAAAUCAGUUCUCGCUAGGCCCAAAUAUGUGUGCAGGGGAACAACGGCCUUAAGUCUUGCGAAUAACAGAUGUGGUAAAACUGUUCCUAGCAGAAGGGGCCACAUGGAUGUUUGUCCAUAAAAGAACCCCAAAUCUCCAUGCUCGUUGAAAAGUAGCAUGUCAAGGAGAAAUGUUCUAAGAUAGCGUUCUCCCUGAGGUGCUUCUUCUCUACAUUUAGGGAUUUUUUUCAUGGAUAUACAUUCCCCAGCUUCCCACACUGAAAUGAUGUUGUCUGAGCACACCUUUGCUACUUCGUCUGUUGCUUUUAUCAGCCAGCCGCCUACUCGUUCAAAAGAAGGCUGUUCAAAUUUUCCAUCCAAAGCCAAACCUUAUGGAAGAAUUCAUGCCAAGAAUGCUUUCUCUUUUUACACCUCUGCAAAUUCUUCCAGUCAAGCUGUGAUGGAGAAGCCCCACCCCUCCAGUUGUUGCUGGAUUUUCACUACCAUUAGCCAGUGUAGAUCAAGGAUGAUGGGGAAUGUGGUCCAGCAGGGUCUAGAGGUGUUCAGUCUCAGCUGUUAGUGAAAUGGCUGGACCACUCAAGACAAUAAUAGGGGUGGGGAGGGGGUUGUAGAGCUGAAUAGCCCUCAAUAUUAGAAAACUAUUUAAAAAAUGCCUCACCUGCCUUUUCGUUUUGAGAUGCAAGGUCCGCGAAUGCUAGGAACAGUGUUAUCCUGCUUUCUGCGAACUAGAUCUAAAAGCCAUUUCCACAUGUCUGUGUAGGUAGCAGUGUUCUACAGGAAAUUGCAUGAAUCAGUAAAUUUAGAUGGUAACGUGUUAGAACGACAGUAACUGCCCAGCAGAUAUAUGUGGCAGUAGGAAAAUGUGGGAUCUCUUCCUGCAGGAAAACCUUUUUAUGCCAGACAGCAUUUCUGCCCAUAGAAUGUAUCCACUGCGUUCCUGCACGUUAAAAAAAGUUGAUUUCAACAUAUUCCCUCAAUGGAGAAAGAAGGCUAAUUCCAUCUCCUCUCUGCAUCCCGUAGAAUUGCUCCAAAGAGAAUUUGGAGCAGAUCAGGAGAGUGCUUCGAGGGAAAGGGAAAAUGGCUGAAACUCAUAUUCUUUUUCUCUCAAUCACCUUUGGAAGAAAUUGGUUGGAUUCAGCCCAUAUCUAAUGUUCACUGGCUUUAAUAUCUGCAGUUAAACCGUAUCCCUUCUAAGCUAUAUCCACAAGCUUGUUGAACUGAUCUUGUAAUUCUCACGUCUGCAAAUGUCUUGACACCAGACGUGUUCCCGGAUGGGGGUGUUCCGUUAAACCAGUGGUAGAUUUUUCAGCAGUUGAUGUGCGGUGUUGGGUUUUGGUAGCGGCUAGAGAUGGUUCAGAACAAGAAUUCUGGAGAGGAUAAACAUGUGACUCGUUAAUGGGUGAGCGUGGAAAAUGGAAAGCGAGAACUUUGUUUCCUAGAGGGAGAUGAGAGAACGUUGGGACUGGAUUUGGAGGCGGAAGAGCUAAACAUUCUGGAACAGCCUCCACAGUCAAUAGUUUGCAAUGGGUACUCUUCUUGAGUUAAAAUAAAGAUCGAGCAUUUGGUAAGUGAAUUCUCCCCGGCCCCAGCUCUUUUUUUCUGUCCCCAUAUUAUGGCUCUUCAAGGAUAUCAGUUGUAUUUGUUUCUUUCAUACCACCCCAUCUUUUAGUAUUUAACUUUCCUCCCUAACCCCCUCUCAGAUUUAACUCAAAAGAUGUCAUCUCCCAAGAUGCCAAGAGCAGUUCAGGCGCACCCAACAUUGUGUCAUUUUUGUGGGCCGGUCUGUAAUAGAAGACAUUAAUUUUUAAUUAUGUGGGUUUUUUUCUCCCUUCCUUGUUGACAAUUUUAUUAAACUUCUUUUAG